GGUGCGGCUUUGGUGCGGCUUUGUUGCGUGGCUUGUCGGGGAGCAGCGGCGUGGUUGUGGGGCCGAGCGGGCUGUGUUUGGUGCGGCUUUGGCCCGUGCGCUGUGUGGCGAGAGCGGCGUGAAGGGAGGCAGGGCAGCGGCAGGAGGCAGGAGCUUGGCGAGCGGCGGCGGCGGCGGCGGGCGAGAAUGGCGGUGAGGCGGCGGCAGAGGCGCGGGCCGGGCGGCGGGCGAGCGCUGCUGGCCGCGGUGCUGCUGUGCGUGUGGUGGCGGGCGGCGGGCGAGCGGCUCCGCUACGCCAUCCCCGAGGAGCUGGGCAGAGGCUCGCUCGUGGGGCCGCUGGCGCGGGACCUGGGGCUGAGCGCGGACGAGCUGCCGGCGCGCAAGCUGCGGCUGAGCGAGGAGAAGCAAUACUUCACGGUGAAUGAGGAGAACGGCAACCUGUAUGUGAACGAGAGGCUGGACCGGGAGGAGAUGUGCGGCGAGUCGGCGUCCUGCUCUGUCAGCUUCGAGGCGCUGGUGCACAACCCACUCAACGUUUUCCCCGUCGAGGUGUCCAUCGAGGAUGUGAAUGACAAUUCCCCGGCUUUUAGCAAGGCUGUUCUGGACCUCGAGAUUGGUGAAUUAAUCCCUCCCGGUGCUCGGUUUCCGUUGGAGAUGGCGCGAGAUGGAGACGCAGGAAUAAACUCGUUACUAACUUACCAACUCACCCGCAACCCGUCCUUCUCCCUGGCCAUGAAGGAAAAGCCGGGAGGAAAGAAGCAGCCGGAAUUAGCUCUGGAGAGAGUGUUGGACCGGGAGAAGCAGAGUUCCUUUGAGCUGGUGCUGAUGGCAGUGGAUGGUGGGGACCCCGCGAGAUCUGGAACAGUCCAGGUUCGAGUAAAUGUGACGGACGCCAACGACAACUCGCCCAUAUUCAGCAAAAGCCUCUACGAGGCGCGAGUGGCAGAGAAUCUUCCAGUGGAGUCCGUGGUGCUGCAAGUACGGGCGGCGGAUGCGGACUCAGGCUCGAAUGCGCGAGUGUCCUACUCUUUCGGCAGCGUCCCGGACGCCGUCAGGGCGGUGUUCGCGAUCGACAGCGAGAGUGGGGAAAUUCGGACAGUGGGUCCACUCGAUUUCGAGGAGAAGAAUAAGUACAUCUUCGGUCUGGAGGCGACGGACGGUGGUGGGCUCACCGACCACUGCGAAGUGCAGAUCGACAUCACAGACGAGAAUGACAACGCGCCCGAGAUCACCAUUCUAUCCCUGUCCAGUCCCGUGCCCGAGGACGCACCGGUCGGAACCGUGGUGGCCGUGCUGAAAGUGCGGGACAGAGACUCCGGUGAGAACGGCCAGGUGUCGUGCGAGCUGUCGGGGGAGGCGGCGCUGUCGAUGGUGGCGUCGUCGGGCGGCUCGUACAAGGUGGUGACGGCGAGCGCGCUGGACCGCGAGCAGGCGUGGGAGCAGCGCGUGACGGUGGUGGCCCGGGACCGGGGCAGGCCGUCGCUGUGGAGCAGCAGGGAGCUGGUGCUGGAGGUGUCGGACGUGAACGACAACGCGCCGGUGUUCGAGGAAGCGGCGUACAGCGCGUACGUGGCGGAGAACAACGCGGCGGGCGCGCUGGUGCUGCGCGUGCAGGCGCGGGACGCGGACGCGGGCGCCAACGGGCGCGUGAGCUACUGGCUGGCGGGCGGCAGCGCGGGCGCGGCGGGCGCGGCGCCGCUGGUGUCGGUGGAGGCGCGGAGCGGCGCGCUGUACGCGCAGCGCUCCUUCGACUACGAGCAGUGCCGCGAGUUCGCGGUGGCCGUGCGGGCGCAGGACGGCGGCGCGCCGGCGCGCAGCUCCACGGCAACGGUGCGCGUCUUCGUGCUGGACCGCAACGACAACGCGCCGCGGGUACUCUGGCCGGCGGCAGGGGCGGCGGCGGGAGAGGCGGCGGGAGAGGCGUCGUCUCCGUUCGAGGUGGUUCCGCGCUCGGCCGAGGCCGGCUACCUGGUGGCCAAGGUGGUGGCGGUGGAUGCGGACGCGGGGCGCAAUGCGUGGCUGUCGUACGAGCUGGUGCAGGCGUCGGAGCCGGCGCUGUUCCGCGUGGGGCUGCACAGCGGCGAGGUGCGCACGGCGCGCGCCGUGUCCGAGCGGGACGCGGCCAAGCAGCGUGUGGUGGCCGUGGUGAAGGACCACGGGCAGCCGGCGCUGUCGGCCACGGCCACGCUGCACGUGGUGCUGGCCGAGAGCUUGCAGGAGGCGCUGCCGGAGCUGAGCGAGCGGCCGGCGGGCGCCGAGGCGGCGGCGGCGGCCGAGCUGCAGUUCUACCUGGUGCUGGCGCUGGCGCUGCUGUCGGCGCUCUUGGUGCUGAGCGUGGCGCUGGCCGUGGUGGCGCGGCUGCGGCGGGCCGGGCCGCCCGCCGUGCUGCGCUGCCUGGGCGCGCAGCGCUUCUCGCUGGCCGGCGCCGCCUUCCCGGCCGACUUCUGCGAGGGCACCUUGCCCUACUCCUACAACCUGUGCGUGCCGCCGCCGGCCCGCGCCGUGCCCGAGGCCGCUUGGCCGCCGCCGCCGCCACCGGUGCCGGCGGUGCCCGUCCUGUCGGCGGAGGAGCUUCUGGGCGGCGAUUCCUGCGAGAAGCCGAGCCCGAGCAGUAACGUCGUCGUGGGAGAGCCGCCCGCCGAUGCUGGUGCACUGCAGGUGUGUAAAGCGUGAGCUCUUUCUGGUUUUAAAACUUUCUGAAACGUCGUUCAUGUUUUCCGAGUAUUCUCUGCGUGGUGUCAGUGGGGACCUGUCAUCUUUGUCUCUGCAUAGCGGAGGAAGUUUGUCAUUGUUUUCAGGUAACAGAUUCAGCUGACAGGCUUUGACUCUGUCUCUCUUUUCUGCUAGUAGAAGCGUUUCUCUCUGUCUUUCUCCAUGUUUCACAGACUCCUGUUUUUGUGAGUUGCACAGUGCUGUCUCUGUGAUGGAGUGAAUUAAGGAACGGGCAAUGCCCCGUUCAUGGUAGAGCAGGAAGCACUUGGUUCUUCCUUGGUCACAGGUUAAGCUUCAGGUGCGAGGUUUUGUCUUCAACUCUUGAGCUCUAUCAGUUGCAAUGUGUUCGCAGUACCGCAUGCACAUUGGUAUUGGUAUUCUGUGGAAGGAGAAUGGCUGAUUGUUCUUCAGAGGGUCGAGGAAAAAGGGAAAAAACACUGACACCGGGUUUUGUAGUUUUCAUCCUUCCUGACUGCUUUGUUUAGUAAGGCUGUGCUUGGAACUCGUGUAGAGCUUUACACAAACCCGUUCCUUAAACUUUGUUUUGUCCCGGUUUGAUUUAGAAGGGAAACGAAAGUGGGAAGCUCCGUUGUCCAUGCUGAGUGAAAAAAGCGAUUGUUGCCCUUUUCUGGAGGGAUUGCAGUAAUGGGACUGGAUGGCUUCUUUUUUUACGUCCUGGCUGGCAGUUCUCUGUUUUGCCCUUCCUGGUCCUAAUUUCAUAUGCUUGUGAUUGGCUUGAAUGAUUUUUGUUUCACAGAUUUUGAUUUUUCUUUCCUUUCCUCAAAAAGGUGUUGGGGGUGUCAGCAGAACUCGGUGUAUCAGGAACAAAAAAUAGCUGAAAUUCUGUUGGCUAGGAUGGACAUCUGAGAUACGAAGGGAUCACAUAAGAGGGAGAUUGUCCAGGACAUGGUUCAGACACUUGAAUCAAUCCCAUUUCCAGAGUGGUUAGUACUCAGCACAGUUUCAAGAGAACAAUGAUACUUUAGUUCUAUGGUUCUAUAAUUCCUUUCUUGGAAACACAUCGUAUCAGCGAGGUUAAGCAAUGCAUAAAUUAAUAGUUUACUAAUGAGCUUAAAUUCUUUACAUGUU